CAUUCCAUUAAACCGGCUUGCAUUUCUACGAGCUUUGAGCAUCCUGCACCCUCCGCAGACGUUGUAGUCCCCCACAGCAGAGUCAAAGCAACUUCUUUGUCAAAUACUGACCCUGCUAAGGCGAUUGCUUCUAGCAUCUCAACCACGCCCACCACCGCUUCUAUCAGCACGACCACGCCCACCACCGCUUCUAUCAUCACCAUCACGCCCACCACCGCUUCUAUAAGCACGACCACACCCACCACCGUUUCUAUUUGCACGACCACGCCGAGCACCGCUUCUGCGUUAAAAUCAGUUACACGUCAGUUUGUGGCUCCACCCUCUAAAGCGACUGUGUCCAAGACAGAGACAAGCACCAUCUCCGUACUCAGUGAAACGACAGUCUCCAGUACUGUGUCGGGGUCAACUAAUAAGGCCAAUACGACUGUUUCGAGUGAUGGUCAAAUUACGACAUUCAAUGAAAGUCUUACUUGUGAUGACAAGAUGGCACCUAUCACAGCCACCUUUUGCACUACUCGCUUUAAGAAGGAGACGGGAACUAGCUCUGUCAACGCACGCCGAUCUUCUCAUACGACAGAGGAGCAAAUGGAUCGGAAGUCUCCAAAGAGGAAGAGACCGGAGACACGCCAUGUUCCAAAAAAACGUGUCUUCUUGAAACAGUCUGCAGACGACACUCGGCUGAGUGUAAGUAUCAUCAAAAAGAUGGCAGCCUGGUUUAAUAAAGCUAUCUAA